AUGGCGAGCCAGCGGCCUCCCUCCGGUAUGGGCCGGCCUAUGAGCCGCGGCGGAUCUGUGGUUCCUGGGGCUGGAAGACCUCCAACAGCUGUCCGACCUCCUCCUACAGCCAUACGUGUCGCAACUGGGAUGGUCCCAGGUACAAGUGGUCAUCCUGGUAUGAGGGGCGGUGUUCCCACCCCUGGAGUCCUGUCAGCACCGAUCAAAGUGACUGACAGGCCUGUCACCCAGCAGGGCCUCAGUGGGAUGAAGACUGGCAUGAAAGGACCUCAGAGGCAGAUUCUGGAUAAAUCUUACUACUUGGGUCUUCUCAGGAGUAAGAUCAACGAGCUGACCACUGAGACCAGCAAACUGCACAAAGAGAUUGACAACUACAACCAGGAGAACUCUGUCUAUCUCUCCUAUGAGAAGAGAGCUGAAGGCCUGGCUGCAGAGAUCAGGGAUCUACAAGGCCAGCUUGCUGACUACAACAUGCUGGUGGACAAGCUCAACACCAACACAGACAUGGAUGAAAUGAUUAAUGACUACAACAGUUUGAAAGCCCAGAAUGACAGUGAGGCUGAAAGCAUUGAUAGCAUCUUCACUGAGAGGAGAGAACGAGAAGAAGCUAUCAGGGCGAUAGAAGAGGAGAUAAGGAGGGAAAGACGUGUCGCUGACGAGGUCGUCCAGGCCAUGCCAACCGCAAAGCAAGAGAAGUAUUUCACCAUGACGACAACCAAUGAGGAGCUGCUACAGGAGCUAACUGUUCUCCAGGAGGAGCUGGACAUCCUGACGACCAGGAAGGAGGACUACGAAGCAGAACUCUCCCACUCACAGAUAAAGCAAGAGGUAGUUCGUCUUCACGACACUUUGUCGGUGCUGGAGGCGAAGCGUGACACCAUGGAGGCAGAGCACAAGAGCCUGGGCUCCCCCAGCGAGGAGAGAGAGAAAUUACUGAAACAGGUAAAAGAAGACAACCAGGAGAUUGCCAGCAUGGAGAGACAGCUCACGGAGAUCAAAGAGAGGACCACACAAAUCACUGAGGACAUCCGACAGAUGGAGCAGGACUCAGAGGAAGCUCAGGGGGAGAGUCAACAGAAAUUCAAGGAGCUGAAGAGGAAAGAGGAUGAAGUGGAUCGUUACUUUGAGUCAUUUGAUGAGAUGAAAGCUCAGGAGCAGGAGAAGUUGACCCAGAGCCAAGAGGACAUCGUCUCCCUGCUGGAGCACUGCAGCAGGAACAUGCUGCGGCUACGACAGGUGGACACAGUGACAGCCAGCGAGCUGAGGAACAUGCAGGAGGUGCUGGUCAGCAAGGAGACAGAAGUGGUCCAUUCAGAGAACACCGCCAGAGGACUGACGACCGAGUCCCAGCGGCUGCAGCACGACCUGGAGAAGGUGCAGCAGCUGCAGGGGAAGAUCUCAGGGGAGCUGAGCACCCUGAAGGAGCACGUCAGCAACAUGGAGUCUGAGCUGCACACCUACAGAGACCUGGACACCCUGAGACGUGAAGCAGAGGACAAGAAGACUAGACUACAGGAGGAUCGUGUAUCGCUGACUCGGCGCCGGGAUUCAUUCAGACAGCUGUUAGAGGAGAUGAACCAGAAACACGAAGCUCUGAAGACCAAACUGCAAGAAAACGAGACUCAUGCUCAGCUGGUUAACCUGGAGAGGAAAUGGCAACACUUGGAGCAGAACAACUUUGUAAUGAAAGAGUUCAUCGCCUCCAAAUCUCAAGAGAGCGACUUCGCCUCCGUCGCCAAGAAUGUCUCCCAACAGGUGGCCGAGUACAACAAGAUCCUCAUCGACUUCCUACAAAACAACAGGAGUUAA